UUCGUCUGUUUAUUAGAUAACAGGAUGCUGUGCAAUAUAGAUGAUGUUAACCCUGGUUAUUAAUAUUAUUAUACUCAUGUCAGGAUGUUCUGCUGCCCCCUGGCGGCCAAACAUCGGCUGAACAGACAUCAGGUCUUGAUCCUGGAUCAGCAACAGGAGACGCUCACAGUCAGGACUCAGUGUUAAAGUGAAGAUCUGGAUCAAUUAUCAUUAUUAACUAAAUUCCAUCCCAAUAAAAUAUGAACUGUGAACGUGACCCUGUUCAUUUUCAUGUGUAUGAACUGGACUGAGAACUGGUUGUUUUCAAGAGUGAACUGGUUCAACAGGGCGGAGGAGCCUGAGAACAGGGAGCGGUCAGACUCCAUUUUCACUGGGAUGAGCAGAAGGAAGAAAAGUGAGCAGACUGAAGAUGAGUGGUCAUGAAGAGGAAGUGGAGGACAGAGCAGAGUGUCCAGGGUCCAGCUGUGUGUCUCUGAAGAGUGACAUGUCCAUGGAACCUCCUAUCCUCUUCAGGAAUGAACCCGGACCCUCACACACAAAAGGUCAGGACCACAGACUGAGAGCAGAGUCUCCAGGGUCCAGCUGUCUGUCUCUGAAGAGUGACUGGUCCAUGGAACCUCCUAUAUUCUUCAGUAAUGAACCUGGACCCUCACACACAGAGGAGAAGAAGAGGAGUCAUGUUUGUUGUGCUUCGUGUCAGGACGUCCUGAAGGACCCAGUCUCCAACAGCUGUGGACACUGGUUCUGCAGACAGUGCAUCACCUCAUACUGGGACCAGUCUGGUUCUUCAGGAGACUCCUCCUGUCCCCAGUGUGGACAAAGAUCCAGAACAGGAGCUGGAGGUCAGACAGCCGCAGAUCGUGGUCUGCAGGAGGAUUCAGAUGAACAUAAGCUCAGUGUGAGGAGGAGAUGUGAACAUGUGACUGAAGGAGCUGAUGAAACAGGAAGUAGAACCCUCCUCAACAGGAUCUACACUGAGCUCUACAUCACAGAGGGACAGAGUGAAGAGGUUAAUACUCAACAUGAGGUGAGGCAGCUUGAGACGACUUCCAAGAUGAAGAUCCUCCAGGACACUCCCAUCAAGGUCCACGACAUCUUUAAAGCCUCCACUGACCAGCAGAGCAGCAUCAGAGUCGUCCUGACCAACGGCGUCGCUGGCGUUGGAAAAACCUUCUCGGUGCAGAAGUUCACUCUGGACUGGGCAGAGGGUUUAGAAAACCAGGAUGUGGGUCUGCUGACUGUGCUUUCGUUCAGGGAGCUGAACCUGGUGAAGGACCAGCAGCACAGUCUUCUCACGCUGCUCCAUGUUUUCCAUCCAGCGUUACAGAAGCUCACGGCAGAGAUGCUCGCUGUCUGUAAACCUUUGUUCAUCUUUGACGGCCUGGAUGAAAGCAGACCUUCUCUGGACUUCAACCACAGGGAGCUUGUGUGUGAGGUCACACAGAGGUCAUCAGUCAACGUGCUGCUGACAAACCUCAUCCGGGGGAAUCUGCUUCCCUCGGCUCUCGUCUGGAUAACCUCCAGACCUGCGGCAGCCAAUCAGAUCCCUCCUGCAUGUGUUGACAGGGUCACAGAAGUACGAGGCUUCACUGACACCCAGAAGGAGAAGUACUUCAGGAAGAGAUUCAGUGAUGAAGAGCUGUGCAGCAGAAUCAUCUCACACAUCAAGACGUCCAGGAGCCUCCACAUCAUGUGUCAAAUCCCAGUCUUCUGCUGGAUCAGUGCUACAGUUCUGGAGCACAUGUUGACCACAGACCAGAGAGGAGAGCUGCCCAAGACCCUGACUGACCUGUACUCACACUUCCUGCUGGUUCAGACAAAGAGGAAGAACAACAAGUAUGGUGAAGGACAUGAGACGACUCCACAGCAGCUGACGGAGGCUGACAGGGACGUUCUCCUGAAGCUGGGGAGGCUGGCACUUAAACAUCUGGAGGAAGGAAACAUCAUGUUCUACCAAGAGGACCUGGAGCGGUGUGGUCUUAAUGUCACAGAGGCCUCAGUGUACUCAGGAGUUUGUACUGAGAUCUUCAGAAGAGAGUGUGUGAUCUUCCAGAAAUCAGUCUACUGCUUUGUGCAUCUGAGCGUUCAGGAGUUUCUGGCUGCAGUCUACAUGUUCCACUGUUACACCAAGAGUAACACAGAAGAACUCAACAACUUCUUGGGAACUUAUGGGAACACAGACCGUACCUUCUCCCUGGAUGACCUCCUGAAGAGAACCAUGGAGAAAUCCCUCACCAGUACAAAUGGUCAUCUGGACCUGUUUGUUCGCUUCCUUCACGGCCUCAGUCUUGAGUCCAACCAGAGAGUCUUAGGAGGCCUGCUGGGUCGGACAGGGAACAAUCCAAAGAUCAUCCAGAGAGUCUUAGGAGGCCUGCUGGGUCGGACAGGGAACAAUCCAAAGAUCAUCCAGAGAGUCUUAGGAGGCCUGCUGGGUGUGACAGGGAAGAAUCCAAAGAUCAUCCAGAGAGUCAUCAGCAACCUGAAGGAGAUGCAGAGUGAUGACAUUUCUCCUGACAGAAGCAUCAACAUCUUCCACUGUCUGACUGAGAUGAACGACCACUCAGUUCAUCAGCAGAUGCAACAGUUCCUGACGUCAGAGAACAGAUCGAAGGAGAAACUCUCUGAGAUCCACUGCUCAGCUCUGGCCUACAUGCUGCAGAUGUCAGAGGAGGUUCUGGAUGAGUUGGACCUGGAGAAGUUCAACACAUCAGACCAGGGUCGUCUGAGACUGAUCCCAGCUGUGAGGAACUGCAGGAAGGUUCGACUCGGUGGUUGUGAACUCUCAGAGACUCACUGUGAAGUUGUGGCCUCAGCUCUGAAGUCAGACCCCUCACAUCUGAGAGAACUGGAUCUGAGUGAAAACUACCUGAAGGACUCAGAAGUGAAGCUGCUGUAUUCUGGACUGGAGAGUCCAAACUGUCGACUGGAGACUCUGAGAUUGAAGAGCUGCAGUCUGUCAGAGAUCAGCUGUUCUUCUCUGGCUUCAGCUCUGAGGUCAAACCCCUCUCAUCUGAGAGAACUGGAUCUGACCGAAAAUGACAUGCAGGACUCAGGAGUGAAGGAGCUGUGCAGUUUUCUACAGAGUCCAACCUGUCGACUGGAGACUCUGAGGUUGAAGGACUGCAGUCUGUCAGAGAUCAGCUGUUCCUCUCUGGCUUCAGCUCUGAGGUCUAACCCCUCUCAUCUGAGAGAACUGGAUAUAAGAGGAAACAACAACCUGCAGGACUCAGGAGUGAAGGAGCUGUGUGGUUUUCUACAGAGUCCAACCUGUCGACUGGAGACUCUGUGGUUGGAGAGAUGCAGUCUGUCAGAGAUCAGCUGUUCUUCUCUGGCUUCAGCUCUGAGGUCAAACCCCUCUCAUCUGAGAGAACUGAAUUUGAGUAACAAUGACCUGCAGGACUCAGGAAUGAAGGAGCUGUGUGGUUUUCUACAGAGUCCAACCUGUCGACUGGAGACUCUGGGGUUGUUUCUCUGCAGACUGACAGAGAUCAGCUGUUCUUCUCUGGCUUCAGCUCUGAGGUCAAACCCCUCUCAUCUGAGAGAACUGGAUCUGAGCUUCAACGUCCUGCAGGACUCAGGAGUGAAGGAGCUGUGUGGUGUUCUACAGGGUCCAAGCUGUCGACUGAUGACUCUGAGGUGGGAGAGCUGCAGUCUGUCAGAGAUCAGCUGUUCUUGUCUGGCUUCAGCUCUGAUGUCAAACCCCUCUCAUCUGAUAGAACUGGGUCUGAGUGGAAACAGGCUCCAGGACUCAGGAGUGAAGGAGCUGCUUGAUCUACAGAAAAGUCCAACCUGUCGACUGGAGACUGUGAGAUGGUGAUCUUUGUUGAGCUGAGUGUGAAGAGGACAGUGUGUGUGGACGGAGGCUGAGCUGUGUCCUGAGGAUCCAGAGGCUGAAGCAGCAGCAGCUUGUGUGUAGAGCGGCUCUGACUGGGCCUUGUUACUGGGAGGCAGAGUGGAGACAGAGCUCAAGAGGAAUCAGAGGAGGUGAGCUGCUCUGAGAUCAGCUGUCACACAGAGUCCAGUCCACCAUCCUCCCUGUUUGACACAGCAUCAUCAGUGGAUCUGCUGCUGCUCUUUCCUUUGACUCAGUGUCUGCAGACACACUCACCCUCCUCCACUCUUUUAUUCACUCACAUAUUCUGAACACAAACACUCUAGAGUCUGGAGUGAUUUGUCUUGUGUGUUUUCUGGGUCUAAUGUUUAAAAAUGUAUUUACGGAAAUAAAAAAAGAUACCAAACAUCAGCAAGGUGAAACUAAAUUUAACAUGGCAUUUAAAACUAACCGCAGUAGCCGAGGACUCAAAAGGAUUCAGGCAUGUUCCUAUUAUAUCAGGACGACAAUCAACGACAGGAAGUUAAGACAGAAAAGACACACAAGGAACAGAGACUACAAAAUAAAACAGGAAACAGAAAACACAAAGACUGAAAUCGACAAACUAAAAUGACAGAACAUUACACCAUGGUUCAAAGUUACUGUUCAAACUGCUCUAGCGCCACCUCCGUGUCAGCCUGCACACUCUCCACAUCACCUCCCAUUGUGCCUGGUUUUUGUAAAUAACUAAAUUUCCUAAUUUUUGAAAAUGUUUUGCAAAAUCAAACACUUUGAGAUUUCCCUCUUAUUAAGACAAUAAAUUGUAUAUGUACUGAUUACACACAUCUUUUAGAUAAUCAGAGGGAGUCAGGUGAAUGAACUGAUCUGAAUCCAGCAGUAUGUGGAGCACUUUAUUUAUUUAUUGGAGUUCAAUAGAGCAAAGCUGUUUUUAUUUUGUGGAAACAUUUGGUCCAAGCAGAGAAGAAACAACCAAACUUUGAUUUGGUUCAAUUAUGGAUGACAGAAAAUACAAGGAGACCCCGGUGGAGCGUUAUAGAUGCUAAAGAUGAUUUGUAUUAUACAAAUGU